CCGCUCCGAGCCGGAAGCGGAGCUCGCAGCCGGCCCGGCCUGGCCAGGGCGUCGGCACCGGCGGCCAUCUUGGCUUCCCCGGCGAGGCGGCGAGAGGGGAAGAAGUUGUAGGCUUCCCGGUUCCCCCACGGACGGAGAGGGCGGCCCGGCUGUGGAUGGUCAGAUAGCUCCUGCCUUCCGCCGCCGAUCCCUGGCCACAACCAGUACGGAGCAGACGGCGGCAGCGGCAGCAGCAGGCGAGGAGGAAGAUGGCGGGACGGCUGCCGGCCUGUGUGGUGGACUGUGGCACCGGGUAUACAAAAAUAGGAUAUGCUGGAAAUACAGAACCACAGUUUAUCAUCCCUUCCUGUAUUGCUAUUAAGGAGUCAGCAAAAGUGGGUGAUCAAGCUCAAAGGAGGGUGUUGAAAGGUGUUGAUGACUUAGACUUCUUCAUUGGUGAUGAAGCAAUAGAAAAACCUACAUAUGCAACAAAGUGGCCAAUUCGCCAUGGUAUAGUUGAAGAUUGGGAUUUGAUGGAAAAGUUUAUGGAACAAGUGAUCUUUAAAUAUUUAAGGGCAGAACCUGAAGACCAUUAUUUUCUUCUGACUGAACCUCCUCUGAAUACUCCAGAAAACAGGGAAUAUACUGCUGAAAUAAUGUUUGAGUCUUUCAAUGUUCCAGGCUUGUACAUUGCUGUGCAGACUGGACGUCUUCCAGACGUCAUUCCGGACGUCUUUCCUGAUGAAGCCAUCCUUCCCGACGAAGCCGGGGCCGGAGGGAAGCAGCUCGGUCCCAGGUGCAGGAGGGAAGCGGGUGCCAGCAGCCAGGGGAAGGAAGACCUACUCGUGCAUGAAUUUUUGUGCAUUGGGUCUCUAGUGAGAAAAAAGGCUCUCACUGAAAUAUGGAAAAUUUAUAAAUAUGUCCCUGAAAGCAAAUAUAAACUCGCCGUUCUUGCCUUAGCUGCAUCCUGGACCUCAAGACAAGUAGGGGAACGGACAUUGACUGGUACGGUAAUAGACAGUGGAGAUGGUGUCACACAUGUCAUUCCUGUGGCUGAAGGUUAUGUGAUUGGCAGCUGUAUUAAGCACAUUCCCAUUGCAGGACGAGACAUAACGUAUUUUAUUCAGCAAUUGCUGAGAGACCGAGAAGUAGGAAUCCCUCCAGAGCAAUCCUUGGAAACUGCUAAGGCUGUAAAGGAGCGCUAUAGUUAUGUCUGCCCAGAUUUAGUAAAAGAAUUUAACAAGUAUGACACAGAUGGAUCGAAGUGGAUUAAACAGUAUACUGGAAUCAAUGCUAUCUCAAAGAAAGAAUUUUCCAUUGAUGUUGGUUAUGAGAGAUUCUUGGGACCUGAAAUCUUCUUUCAUCCAGAGUUUGCUAAUCCAGACUUUACUCAACCUAUCUCAGAAGUUGUAGAUGAAGUAAUUCAGAAUUGUCCUAUUGAUGUUAGACGUCCUCUCUACAAGAAUAUUGUCCUCUCUGGAGGGUCAACCAUGUUCAGGGACUUCGGACGUCGCUUGCAAAGAGAUUUGAAAAGAACUGUGGAUGCCAGGCUGAAAUUAAGUGAGGAAUUGAGUGGCGGUAGAUUGAAGCCAAAACCAAUUGAUGUGCAAGUCAUUACACACCACAUGCAGCGAUAUGCCGUUUGGUUUGGAGGAUCGAUGCUGGCUUCCACGCCUGAGUUCUACCAAGUAUGCCACACCAAAAAGGAUUAUGAAGAAAUUGGACCUAGCAUUUGUCGCCACAAUCCAGUGUUUGGAGUCAUGUCGUAAAAUUGGCUUCAUAGUUAUUGGGGUUAGGGAGGUGGGAAAGAAAUAAUCUUUCUGAUUACUUGUUUUGUCUGGAUGGCUGGUUUUGAAGUUUUAAACCUGACUUGAAAUAAUAAGACCAAACAUAAUUAUACAGGAAUAUUUUAAUAAAUAUAUCAACAUGCGAAUAUAGAGGAGCGCCAAAAUGAUUGUUUUUCUUUAGGUUGAAUAUUUGAAUCUUAUGUGUAACAAAAAGAAGUGGGUUUUAGUUCUUUCUGUGUCCUGAUAUUUUGUAUAUUAUUGAAUUAUCCAAGAUUUGAUGGGAUUUAUCAGUAUGUAGAUAGCUCUAUAAUGCUUGAAUUGUGCACUUCUAAGUGUGCAAUGCAAGAGCUUGUUUAUAUUUCAUACUUUUUAUACUUUGAGGAAAAAGUCAAAGAAAAACUAGUAUUUGAGUACAAAAAAGUGACCAAGUAAAGGAUAAAUUCAAAAAAUAGCCUCAUGAGACUUGAUGUACACACAUGCUCGUGGGAUUCCAGUUAUGAAUUGCUGCCAUCCCCCUGUGCUGCCCCAGUGGUUUUCUUUGCAAGUGCUUUUGGAACUAAGAAGCUAGUAUCUUGGAUUAACUGAUGCCUGCUAGUGCUUUCUGAUUAUUCGCAUUCUGUUUGUCGCUUCAAAGGAAAAGUAAAGACAAGACUGUUGGACCAGUAUUGCAGUUCUGUAGUGUCAUUUCUUAUAAAAAAUGAAUUACCAAAAUUCAUAUAUUUAAAGCCUAACACCAUUCUAAUAAAGGCACAGAUUUCUUUUUAAUACUUGUUUCAAGCUCUUUAAUCUUUGUGUUAACUAAUCUAUUUUCUUCAAAUCUCUGCAAUAGUUCUUUAAAAUCAAACAGUUGGUUAGCAAGCUGACUUUUUUAUGUGCUCUAAACAAAUAAUUGUGAACUUUUAAUAUGUUGAGUGCUUUCAUUUUGAUAACUGGAUCUCCAUUUGAUAUUUCAUUUGUAUAACUCAUUUGCAGUCUGAAAAUUUUUUUAGUGCCAGUCCCUGACAUAUCAUGAAAAGUUAAUUUUCUUUGCAUUUAAAAAUCUCUGGAUCAUGAAGAAAACGUGAUGAAAAUAAAUUAAACUGAAUUACCUUU